CUGGAAAGCAGCGACCUCGUGGACGCGCAGCUCGAGAAUAUGGAAAUCAAGGGCGAAUACUUGCGUUGGCGCCAAGCGGAGCGGGAAGCGGAUGUGGCGGCGGGCAAGGGCGUGGCGGAGGAAAUUGUCACUCAUAUUGUUCAAGAACACGGUUCUGGAACUGAAAAUAAGAAACCUGUCGGUAGAACGACCACAGGGAAUGAAGACAUCAGAAUGGAUGUCCAAGUCGUGCAACAAGAAGCGGCCCCAGCUGCCACCGCGUCCCAUGCGCGAUAUGCGGACAAGGGGAUCUCGGCCGCCACGGGCGCGGGCGAGCAUUUCCGGUUCGAGGCACCGCUUCUCUCGGGGGAGUUUGCGGUGACGCGGUUCGUCUUAUCGAAAGGAAAAAUCCCCCCUCAACAAAACUUGUGUUGCUGUAUUUGAGUACACAAAUCGACUUGUAUUGCUAGAAGGCCAAGAGACGCAGCUGCUCCCUCGUUUGGAGGCAAUUUGUCACGCUGUUUCCCGUUUCCAGUUGCUUUCUGUCAUGCUGAAGGCGCAAGGCGUUCCUGCGCCAGCCAGCACUACAGUCCGCAUCUCUUCCCUUCUAGCAUCACAAAGCUGAUUUGCGACCACAAAUCUGCAUCACAGAUUUCCGCUUUGAUAUGGGGAGGGGGCAUUUUUCAUUGUAAUACGUCUACGGCAUGGGCGAAAACCGUUCCCCCCUUUCCGGAAUGUUUUUUCGUCAGUUGUUUUUUCGGGUGGAAAUCAAGCGCGACCCCACAUACUAUCUCUACAAGGGCGUGCUGCCCAUGCUGCUGGUCUUCUGUGUCAGUCUCAUCGGCACGGUGGGCCUCAACUCGAAGGACUUUGCGGGUGACAAACUCAGCGGGCUGCUGGCAGCCAUUCUCACCCUGUUCGCCAUCCAGUGGACCAUUGCGGACCGCCUGCCCCGGCUGCCGUUUCUCACCGAGCUGGACCGGGUGUCAAUGAGCUGCGGCACCGGGCUUUUGUUGCUCGUGCUUGGCGUUGCGGUCUCGCAUCAGGUGGCGUUGAAUUUUGACGACGAGGCUGAUCCCGAUAGCGAAAGCGACUCGAGGACGAUCGCUGGGACUUCCGCGACAAAUUCCCCUGCAACGACGAGUACAACCAGCAUAAAAUCUUCUUCCGCCAGCGAGCGACUUCUGGCACCCUCUUCGCUGAUCAGUUUCGGAUGUGGCGCGGUUUCCCUCCUGUGGGUCGGCCUGGGGCUGCUCAGGAGCUGGCGCGCGGCCGUACGGGCCAGGAGGUCCUCUGGUAGUACCACAACCUCAGCCGCGACGAGCGCAGGUGACCGUGCUGGGGAGUCAAGCAGGCAUACGCAAACAGGGCCAAGCGAUGUUGUUCCCAGAACAUUAGAGGAUGUUGAUCAAGUUCAAGCCGACUACGUUGUCAACGCGAACUGCAAGUCAGACCGCUGGAAGAAGCCGCCGUUCAUGCAGGGCAAGCUUGUUAUCACACACAAAAUUUUCAAUAUUGUUGUAUGCAGCGUGGAUAAAUUGUAACGUUUACGUUUUCCAAUUCCAAUGUCUCAACAUCUGUCAUGCAAAAACAGACGGGCAACAAAUUCUCUCCUCCGCGAGCCGAUGAAUUCUCAUCUAGUGGCAUUUUCAUUGCGCCAUCAAUAGUCAUGAUCGAGAUUCCACUAUGAAAUGAUCGCGCACGACGCACGCGCACCAGCAAUGUUUGUUUAUUGUGCGAUACUCGUGCGGGCACUGAAGUACGACGUGGUUCUUCCAGGGAUCGGCCCUAUCACUUUUCUCAGUCGCCCGCUGGCGCUGUACGAAGCGACUUCCGAGGAGGAUUUCGAACGCAAGGUCGGCCGCGAAAUUGAGCUCGAGGAGUUCGAUCCGGCGGGGAAAAUUAUGGGCAUAGAGUGGUGACAGUAGAACAGCUGGCGGAAAGCAGCUCUCCAUGUUGAGGUGUGAGCAUCAUUAUCUAUCACCCAAAGAAAGUAGAGUGCGCUGAAAGCACCGGCUCGUCUACCCACAUUGAUUCUGCUGCGCAUGAAAAUUGAUGAUGUCAGUUUUCACUUGAUGAUUUUGAUUCCGCUGGCUUCUUGGCAACGAGGAUCUUGAUUGGCUCGAACAGAUCAACGGCAAUAGCAGAGCUGUUUUCUAGUAAGUAUCUUUCAUUCUCGAGAUUGCAAGAAUGUUCAAACAGCACUUGCUUUCGUGCGAGCGUUGCUUCCUAUGCAAAGAGGCCGCGACGACCGAGACCGUCGUGAGUCGUUUGAUUCUCUCAUCCAACUACAUGUCUUAUCCGACAUGUUGCGCCUUGUCUAGUGCACUUCCUCGCUUCAG